UCCAUUCGCGGUUCUCGCUAACGUAUUGUAUAAUUAGUCAAGUGGAAUUCCUUGAAUUUAUUGCCUAGGGUAAUGUUUUUCGCGAGAAUAUGAGGUUAUGUCCCUUCCCUCGUGACCUCUUUAACGCAUGAAACAUUUCAUAGAAUGAAGUAUCACUAGAUAUUCGGAAAAUUACUGCUACGUUUACUCGAUACGUAAUUUGACCUAACUGUUAAGGAAACAAACCAAAGGAGAAAAGGCAAACUACCCACCUGCAACAAAAAUUGAAAAAAUCGUCAUUAUUAUGUUACUUAACUUACGUCUCGUAAGCAUAAAUAGAACUUAUGAAGUUACCUGGCUAUCUUACGCGAGUAUGUUGAUUUUAUUUAUGGUGUUGUCGUCUUUUUUUCAAGUUUUUGUCAAUGUCCAAGCUAGUAUCUCUAUUCCAAUUUGGACUCAAUCGAUGUAUAUAGGUCAGAUUAUGUGGAUAAAAAAUUUCACCUUAAUAGCAAUACUAUGUAUGGAGAGCGAGAAUGUACAUUUAAAUUUAAAAAACGCUCAAGUCGCCCGCAUCGCGCUGACUGCAAGCGAGACAACAACGGACCUGUCGCAGCUGGGGAGUCGGCAACAGGCGCGGCACGGUGGGCGGGCGGAAUGGCUUUACGCGGCCGGCUUGUUCCCCGUGGAUGCUGCGUUGCCGCUGCGCUUUUUCGCUGUGCUUGCGACCUACGUAGUCGUCAUACUGCAGUUUCAUUUCCUAUAAUCUUGUCUCUUAAAAAAUUUCUAACUUUGUAAUAUUUGCAUGGUAUGUCGCUUUGAUUCCACUUCGUUUGCACUGUUCGCAAUAAAAUUAAAAGUUUAACUUCGUGAGUGUGCAAUUGUUAGUACCUUUAGUAAUUAUAAAUUUCAAUAGGUAUUCAUAUUUAUAAACUCAAUUUCGUGUGUUAGACUAUAUUAUACAAUCAAAAUAUGUACUUAAAUCGUCCAUUCUGUUAUAUACUCUGUUCUAUUGAUAUAAUUAACAUAAAAUAUAUACUGUGUGCAUAACUAAAUUCAUAAAUAUCUGGAAAUAUUAAACGCGAUAGUACUGACGACCAACA